AUGGCAGCCGUUGAUCGUGCUCUGAAAACCAAACAAGCGAAAAAGCUUGACGAAGCAAAAGUAUUGGAGCUCAAAGGUGGAGAUGAAGCUGAAGGGGUGACUAAGGAACGAGACGCGGCAGAGAGUCAAAUUUUUGAAUACAAGCUGCCGUACUAUUCUCGUCGUGCUCAGUCGAAGAGCGAACCAUCUCAGGCAUCUCAGGGCUCUGAUGGAGCCGACGUUGACAAUGAGCUCCUCCUCUCGUUGACAGGGAAGCAGAUGUCUCCACAUCGUCGAGUUACAUUGCCUCCUAUGAAGGCGAGUGCAGGAUCCUACAUUCCUGUUGCCGCGGAGCACAACCAAGCGGUUUCUUCAGUUUCCAGGGCGGCGAAGGUCCGAGAUAGCACCAUCGAUCGAUGUUUCGACAAACAAAGAGCUCAAGAAAAAGCGGAACUUACCAUGCCAGGUCGAAGCGCUACCUGCCCAUCAUCAAAUAAUAAAGAUCCACAAGGCGAAGAUGGGGUGACUGCAGGAACAAACACCACGGACGGUCUCAAGCACGGCAAGAUCGAAAUCUCGGAACACAGAGAAAACGUCAUCAGCUCUACCCCACGUCGUGGUGGCCGCGGUGGUCGACGAGGACGAUCCCCUUGGUACCGUGGCCGACGUGGCAGAGGAGGUUAUCGAGGAAGCCCACAGGGCAGACAAGCAGCAUGA